AUGGGCAUCUGUUUAGACACUGAACAAAACAAAGAUGAGCUGGAAUCUAGGAGCGGGGUGCGUAGUCGACGCGACAGCGCGUGGCCGGAUCGCGCGACACCGCCUGCCGCCUCAUUUCCCAUGCAGAACUCUAGCCACGUCAAAUUCGAGCCACCCAACGUGCCCGUCAUUUUUGUGCUGGGAGGCCCGGGCAGCGGGAAGGUGACCCACUGCGACAACUUAAUGCAGGAGCGGCGCGGAAUGGUGCACAUCAACAUGACCGACCUGUUGCAGCAGUACGCUGUUGGUAACAAUAUGCAAGACUUCGGCAAUUUAUCCAGCACGACCGUGGCGGAGGUUUUGAUGCUGGAGAUGAAAAUGGCGCCUACUGCAAAGACUUACUUGGUCUCUGGCUACCCACGUUCCAUGCGGGAUGUGGCUGAGUAUACUGAAAAGAUCCAGACCAUUACUGGUGUGGUUCUGGUGAGCUGGCGGAAGCGCGUGCUGGAGCGUCAGAUCGAGUACGGGGCGCGGCUCGGUCACGUAGUGCUCAGCCUGGCGCGAAUGGAGCUGGACAACUUCUACGGGCACGUCAUGCCGGUCGCGGAAUACUUCGACCAAAGCGGAAUGCUUAUUGCUGUAAAUGGAGAACGGAAUCCAGAAGAUGUGUACGAGGAUUUUCGAACGGCCAUCCUACAGAUCCUGGGAUCAGUUGAAGAACCAAAUCUUAACGGUAUUAGUGGCGUAGGCGCUGAUGGUAUACCGGGCGAAAUAGUUGGCAUCGAACCGGCGCCGGUGAGAAAUAGAGAGAGGCAUGUGAAGAGUCGAGGGGAGGUCAGGAACCCGGGGCUGGAUGUGAGGAGCCGAGGGCGUGACGUGAGGGACGCGGAAGUGGUGGAUGAUCCGUUACCGGCCGCGGUUCCUGUUGCGAUGCCCAAUGGGAAUAUGGCGAGGAUCGUGAGUCCAAAGCCGGAAGUGAUUAAAGUGCGCGGUACAACGACGAGACUGCCCACGCUGUGGGUCGUAGGCGGUCCGGGCAGCAACAAGGCCACGUUGUGUCAGCGAGCGGUAUUGCAGCGGCAGGGUUGGAUGCACUUCAGUUUGGGGCAACGUCUCCGCGCUUUGGCCGAGGCUGGCGGCGGGCCGGGGUCGGAGGGUGCGCUGGCGCGCGCGGCGGUGAGCGGCGGCGAGCCGGCGGCCGGCGAGCUGGCGGCGCGCCUCGUGCGCGCCGCCGCCGGCGAGGCCGCGCGCCUGCACUGCGGCCUGCUGCUGGACGGCUUCCCGCGCGACCUCCAACAGAUGCACAUGUUCCAGGACGAGUUUCACGUUACGCCUCGGAUGGUUUUGUUGGAUUGUUCGAAACUGCAGCUGGGACGGGGCCGGCGGGACGACUCUGUGGCGGCUUUCCGACGCCGCCUAGAGGUGUUCCGAGAGCACAGCUUGCCUAUGCUCAAGACACUUGACCAACAUCACCGAUUGGUCAUUGUUGAUGGUGACACCGACUCGACGGAAGUGCAAGCGGAAUUCACACGUGUGUUAUUGGAAGAAAUGGAAAAGGCCGAAGCUAUUGCAGAGAUGCCAGAGGAGGAAGCACAAACUACCAACAUAAACGCACAGCCGCACGCACAGCUUACGCACAAUAUAGAAGAAUCAACGUUGCAGCGCAUUGCAGCUUUGCCGCGGCAGCAGAAUGGUUCGCUUCCCAACGGCGUCGUGCACAAUGGCUUUAUCCCCAAUAAUAAGGUUAAACCAAUUGCCAACGUUACGAAAAUAUCAACUAUCUCGCAAAUGACCCACGAUGAUGUGAAGCGACUGUACCAGCAGAGCACCGGCGAAGUGUCGCUUAAUACACAUCAUAUUUAA